AUGACUGCCCCCGAUUUCUUUCAAUAUACAAGGGAUCUAGCUCGAUACUUCAGAGGCCGGUUGCGGUCUUUACAUAGCCCAAGCGUUCCUCGUCCUGCUCCACCACCAUGGUUGGAGCCGGAGGCCCAAGCAUCUGUUGAAAGGGUAAUUAACAUGCUUGAAGAAGCAUUCAAAUCUUCAUAUACGACUACUUGGGACGUCCGGGACUAUGCUGCGGACUUGUCAGACAGCCGGGUCCGAUAUCCCCUACCUCGAUCAACCGUGCCAUAUAACCGACCGGCAGGGUCACAUUUACUUUGGUACUUUCCUGAAAUGUUCUCAGAACAGCUUCGGACAUUUAUUUGGGAUCACACAGGUUCUUUGAGCCCCAAAAAGAGAAGUAAUGGGACUUGGCGGGAUCACCACCCCGAGAAUGAAGGGGUCACUGGGAUUGUAAAUUUAUCACCCAGCUGGUUUUCUCAAGGACAUGAAGGUCCCGAGGAUCCACUGCGCGCGUCAGCCGAUAUUCAGGAACCUGCCAAUUCAACCUACCUCCAGAAUGUCCUAUUGGCCAAUGCAAUUGUUGGUGCAAUCUAUGCUGUCAUACAACCCGAUCUUUUUGAGUCCGGUUUAGCCACCUUCGAGAAGCUUGCCAAUCAUGCCGAGGCAUUGGACGAUCCUAUCAAUAUUGCUCUUCGUGUUUGGGCCACUCCCUUCACCAGUCUUUCAGUCAUCCUGAACCGAGAGACGAUCGAUCACCGAGAUCUAAAGGGGUAUAGGGAGUCUUUUGACUUGUUGCUCACCAUCGGAAACUACACAGGAGGCCGGUGUCACUUAGCCGGGCUCGGGUUUAGCCUUGUUUAUGACCCUGGGACGGUUGUUGCCUUGGCCAGCAAUGUUUUACAACAUGGUGUUUGUCCUGUGCUGGGUGACCGGGCCUGUUUAGCUCACUUUUGGCACAAAAAGGUUGGGGAAAGGCUUGGGGUGAAGAGGCCUCAGUGGUUGACCAUGGCAGACUUGAUAUAUAAUUUGUCUGGUAACUAA